UUACGUAGUAUAUAAAACAACGGCCUAAGCUAAAAAGGCCUGUAAAAUUCAACUCUAAUCUAUUCUCAUUGUUUUGAACGAGAGACAGGGUGAGACUAGUAGCAAUUGAGAAGAUGAAUCUCACAGUGUUUGUAUAUAUAGUGGUUCUAUAUCUAUCGACGAUCUCCUUCACGGUCACAGCACGAGUGGUGUCGAUUCAACCUCUCUUGCAAAAUUAUGAAAAUCCCAUUUCCAGUAUUUUCGAUACUUCCAAGUAUGGCAUACUCAACCUCGACAAUGGCUUGGCUCUAACUCCUCAGAUGGGGUGGAAUAGCUGGAAUUUUUUUGCCUGCAAUAUCAAUGAAACAUUAGUCAAGGAGACAGCCGAUGCACUUAUCACAACUGGUUUGGCUGAUUUAGGCUAUGUUUACCUCAACAUAGAUGAUUGCUGGUCUAAUCUCACAAGAAAUUCAGAGGGUCAACUAGUACCUGAUCCAAAAAACUUUCCAUCAGGAAUUAAAGGUCUUGCGGAUUAUGUGCAUGAAAAGGGGCUCAAGCUUGGUAUUUAUUCUGAUGCUGGUGUUUUUACGUGUGAAGUUCGACCUGGAUCACUUUACCAUGAAAAUGAUGAUGCAGAGCUCUUUGCUUCUUGGGGUGUGGAUUAUUUGAAGUAUGAUAACUGUUAUAAUUUGGGCAUCCCACCAAAGAAUAGAUACCCUCCAAUGCGUGAUGCUCUAAAUGUGACUGGGCGUACAAUUUUCUAUUCACUUUGUGAAUGGGGUGUUGAUGACCCUGCCUUGUGGGCAGACAAAGUUGGAAAUAGUUGGCGAACAACAGAUGAUAUCAAUGAUUCAUGGGCAAGCAUGACUACCAUUGCGGACCUGAAUGACAAGUGGGCAGCCUACGCAGGACCUGGUGGUUGGAAUGAUCCAGACAUGUUAGAAGUUGGUAAUGGGGGCAUGACAUAUCAGGAGUACCGAGCACAUUUUAGCAUCUGGGCUUUGAUGAAGGCUCCUCUUUUAGUUGGUUGUGAUGUACGAAACAUGACUGCCGAAACAUUCGAAAUUCUUAGCAAUAAGGAGGUCAUAGCUGUAAACCAAGAUCCACUUGGGGUUCAAGGAAGGAAAGUUCAUGUAGCAGGACUGGAUGAUUGCCGUCAGGUCUGGGCUGGUCCUUUAUCUGGAGAUCGUUUGGUUGUCGCUUUCUGGAAUCGAUGUUCAAAGGCUGCGACUAUUACAGCUGGAUGGGAUGCACUUGGACUUGAAUCAUCUACCAGUGUCUCUGUAAGAGAUUUGUGGAAGCACAAAGACGUUUUUGGAGAUGCGGUGGCAUCGUUCAGUGCUCGAGUUAAUUCUCAUGACUGUGAGAUGUACAUUUUCACUCCUCAGACACUGUAUCACUCUAAAAUUUAGUUUACACUGUGAUGCUAGCUCAACUUAAUGGCUUGGUGCAACCGUUCGGCAACUUGGGGAUCCUGCUUUAAUAGAGCCCCAAAACUAUGAUGUUUAGGUUUCUAAUGCAUUGCAAAUAUAAACUUUGUGGUGGUAUGUAAUAGCUUUUAUUGGAGCUGAUGGGAUUGUUCAUGCUGUAAAUAUUACCUGGGCAAAAAAUACCUGAUUUCCACGCGUA